AUGGACACGAUGUCACAUCACCACGACCCUGCAUUGUUGAAUUACAGUUAUGUUGAAACCGAUAUCUUACCCAAGGUUAUAAUAUUUUGGGCAACUCAAGAACAAGUUAUUACUGCGUGAUGAGCUAUUGGAUUCAAGAGGGAGACACAGUCGCUAAUCACAAGUCACCGGUUCUCCUUGUCAAGUCCAACUCUUGGAUUUUAACACUGUUAAGUGUGGUCAAGUUCCGUCGCACGGGAGAGAGCACGCGCUCCGAGGACGAUGGCGUGGGCAAGGAGCACGGCGUCCAGAUCGAGGCCGCGCGCGCCAACAUGGAGACGGUGGAGCUGGGCGACGGCACCGCGGUGCCCCGGGAGUUCGCCAACCCCACCGACGACACCUUCAUGGUGGAGGACGCAGUGGAAGCCAUCGGCUUUGGGAAAUUCCAGUGGAAGCUCUCGGUUCUCACCGGACUGUCCUGGAUGGCAGAUGCCAUGGAGAUGAUGAUCCUCAGUAUUCUGGCCCCUCAGCUGCAUUGUGAAUGGAGGCUGCCUAGCUGGGAGGUGGCCCUGCUCACAUCGGUGGUGUUCAUCGGGAUGAUGAUCAGCUCCUCGCUCUGGGGGAACAUAUCCGACAAGUAUGGACGGAAAACGGGCCUGAAGCUGAGCGUGCUCUGGACCAUGUUCUACGGCCUCCUGAGCGCCUUCGCCCCGGUGUACUCCUGGAUCCUCUUCCUCCGCGCCCUCGUGGGCUUCGGCAUCGGAGGAGCCCCACAGUCGGUGACGCUGUAUGCUGAGUUCCUGCCCAUGAGGUCCAGAGCCACAUGCAUCCUACUGAUUGAGAUAUUCUGGGCGGUGGGCACCGUGUUCGAGGUCCUGCUGGCCAUCCUGGUGAUGCCCACCUUGGGCUGGCGCUGGCUGCUGGGUCUCUCCACCAUCCCCCUCUUCAUCUUCGCCAUCCUGUGCUUCUGGCUGCCGGAGAGCGCUCGGUACGACGUACUGACGGGGAACCAGGGGAAGGCCCUUGCCACACUGAAACGCAUCGCCGUGGAGAACGGAGUCCCCAUGCCCCUGGGCAAACUGAUCGCUGCCAAACAGGAGGAACGUGGGAAAAUCCAGGACCUUUUUUCUCCGCACUUUCGCUGGACCACAGUUCUGCUCUGGUUUAUCUGGUUCUCCAACGCGUUCUCGUACUACGGCCUGGUGCUGCUGACCACUGAGCUGUUCCAGGAGGGGGGCGCGUGUGGGGUGUCCAAGGGGAGGCAGAUGGAGCCGAAGUGUAGCCUGGAGUGUAAGUACCUGACGUCCGACGACUACAAGGACCUGCUGUGGACCACCCUGUCCGAAUUCCCAGGCCUGCUGGUGACCCUGUGGGCGAUCGACCGGCUCGGGAGGAGGAAGACCAUGGCGCUCUGCUUCACGGUCUUCUCCCUGUGCAUGGUGCCCCUCUACGCCUGCGUGGGGAGGACGUCCCUCACGGUGCUGAUAUUCAUCGCCAGAGCCUUCAUUGCCGGAGGGUUCCAGGCCGCCUACGUUUACACCCCCGAGGUGUACCCGACGGCGAACAGGGCCCUGGGCCUCGGGACCAGCAGCGGGAUGGCCCGAGUGGGGGCGCUCAUCACUCCCUUCGUCGCCCAGGUGAUGCUGGAGUCGUCCGUGUACCUGACCCUGUCGGUGUACUGCUGCUGCUGCCUGCUGGCCGCGGUCGCCUCCUGCGCCCUGCCCAUAGAGACCACGGGCCGCGGCCUGCAGGAGUCCAGCCACCGCGAGUGGGGCCAGGAGAUGAUUGGCCGGGCCCCGCACAGCCCCGGCGGGAUCCCCCACUCCAGCUCCGGGUCGCAGGACUGA